CGGCGGCCCGACAAAUCAAUUUAUUUCAACACGUGCUGCCGCAUUAUAAUACACACAGCAAAUUUGUUUUUUCUGAGCAAAAGUUGAAUUAGGCAGAGAAUGGUGACACGCAAAAAGCCAGUAAAGCGCACUGCUGAGGUGGCGGCUAUCGAUAAAGAUGAGGAGGAUGAGCAGCAGGCGACCCAAGCCAAGGUACCCAAGGAGGUGCUGGUUAUUGCCCAGGAGGUGAAGAUUGUACGUGCCCUGGCCUGCAACGAUGUGGUUAAGCGUAACCGUCAGAUCAGGAAGCUGCGCAAGUGGUUCAAGCUGCGUGCCAGCAGCUCAUUUCCAUUCACAGAGGAGGAUUUCAUGAGGAUCUGGAAGGGCCUGUACUACAACAUGUGGAUGUCAGACAAGCCGCUCGUCCAGGAAGAGCUGGCUGAGCAGUUAGCCCAGAUGGUGGACAGCUUUGACGGAAACACCAGUUGUAGCUUGGCUUACUUCAGUGCUUUUAUGCGCACCAUGUGCCAGGAAUUCUUCGGAAUCGACCAGUGGCGCGUGGACAAGUUCUUGAUGCUUGUUCGUCGAAUGCUGCGCUACGUCCUGCGCCUCCUCAAGCAAAACAAGUGGUCGGCGGACCUGAUUGAAAAAUUCAACACCAGCAUGCAGCAGUCCGUCUUGGCCGAGCAGCCUAAGAGCCGAGGACUCACUAUGCACUAUCUGGACAUUUUCUUUGAGGAACUGGCAAAGGCGGCCGAUGGCGAGAUAACCGCCGCACAGGUUAAUCUCUUCUUGCGUCCAUUCGUCACGUAUCUGGCCACUCAGCGGGAUGUUAAGCUGGUAGCUCAAUGCCGGACCAGGGUGCUGUAUCACCUGCUCUACCAAAGCGAUCUGGGCCGCGAGUACAGCGAUAAGUACAACGCCUGGAAACUGAUGGGAUUUCCUACUGCCUCCAUUGAUGACAUAGAGAAGCUUGACUCUGGCUUCGAUGAGGAGGACGAUGAGGGAAACACUGAGGAGGAACCCGCGCGUCCUACUUCUCUUGAUCCACGCGCAGGAAACGUGGACGUUCACAUGCCAGAGCUGCCCCUCAAUGCGGACUGCGUGCUGGACGAGCUCCAGACCUUGAUUCGAACUAAUGAAUACAACAGCAAGAAGCGAAAGAGUCUGCGAAAACUUAUCCAGAUCUUUGAGACGUACAAGGGCGGAGAGUUUCCUUUGGGAGUGCGCACAAUGCCAAAGGUAGAGGGGCAAACCCUGGCGGAGAUGGUGGAGCAGAAGGUCGCCGACAUCGAGGAGAUGGAAGAUGAGGUAUUCGGCACUGGGAGGAAGCUCAAAAAACUGAACAAGUCCAAGCGCAAACGUCUUCUUCAGUCCAUUAACUUUGAGGAAGUAGAUGAGCACAACUACGACGAGGUCAUUGGGAAGGCCCUGCCUCCGGAGCUUCAGAAGAAGGUCAAGCACAACGCCAAGGUGCGUUCUAGCAUCAACAAUGCCUGGGUCGUCGAGGAAGUCAACGAGGCCGAUGAGGCGGCCGUUGCAGCAGAAAUCAAAGAGGACUCUGAGCCCAAGCCGAAGGCGAAGAAACCCAAGAAACAAGACCAGCCCAAGCCCAAGAAGGAGAUCAAAGCGAAAAAGGAAGAGCAAUCAAAGAAUAAGAAGGAUGAGCAACCCAAGAGCGACGUGAAGGAACAGAACGAAGCCAAGGUGGAUGUCCAAGUAUCAGAAACAGGGGAGGAGAAAUCCGCCGAGUCGAAACCAUCCAAUGGUUGGGAUGCCCCCCUCGAGCCUGGAGAGGAGGAAAUCUUCGUUCCGUCACGCAAGCAGCAGCUGAAGCAGGCCAACAGCAAGAUCCAGAAGAGCACACCAAAGCCGGCGGCGCGGGCGCAGUUCAGCACCCCUCAGCCGGGUGGUGCGAAGCGAGUCCGGAUCGUAACCAAAUGCAACAGCGCCUACCCCAAGAGCGACUACUACCGCCAGCUGAAGCUGUCCCCGCAACUACCCUACGACGCGGACCGACAACCGGGCAAGAGCGCCCUCAAGCCCCACGUCCUGCCGGGACCGAUUCAUCCGAACUACAAGGGCGCCAAGCGACUUUUCAACGACACCCUGUGACGUUGCGUCGAGUGGCUAGGACUGGGAUUGGGACAGGAUCGCGAACAUUAAGGGCAACUGCAUCCUUUAAAAAUGUAUUCACGCCGCAACUGCACCCAACUUCUCCGCCAAAGCACGCCAAUCACCAAGGAAGACCCACGCUACAAAUCAUUCCUGGUUGGAGCACUGGAGGCGGAGUGGGCAGCUCGGAUAAUGUAUAUGUUAGAUCAUGUCUUUUGUUGGUCUUACGCAAUCUACUCGACGCUUCCAUAUUUUUUGUUACCUUAAUCUGCAUUCUGGUGUUUGGUUGCAGCUGUGUUUUGUUUAAGGAUAUCAUGAAUUUUAAAUAUUUGCACAGAUCCGAACCGGAUCCGGAUGUAACCCUAAAUAUUUAGUAGACUCAAUUACAUUUAAAUGUACUAUUGCUUGUAAGCCAUUUUAUGUUCCAGCUAUCCUCUGAGUUGAUAUUAAAAUAAAAGCAAAAGUAGUAUAUGUAAUGAAAA